CAGGAAGUAAAAGCAAGAGAGCGUGGAAAGGCAAACUCUGCCUCGAAGUGAAGCUUUAGGCGACUCGACACAAAGUAGAGAUAAUAAUGUCCUUAAAGGUUUUGACGUCUACAUACAGAUUUAGGUCCCUCUACAGACUGCAGCGAAUCCAGGGCCACAUGAUGUCCAGUCAUGUGGAACCAGAGGUUCUCCUGGAGAAGGUGGGCAGAGCUGGUGUGAUCACCAUGAACAGACCCAAAGUCCUGAACGCCCUCAACCUGACCAUGAUCCGACAGAUCUACCCUCAACUCAAGAAAUGGGAAAAGGACAAUGAGACUGACAUUGUCAUUAUCAAAGGUGCUGGAGGAAAAGCCUUCUGUGCUGGUGGAGACAUCAGAGCGGUCACAGAUGCAGGGAAGGUUGGGGACUCUCUUGCACAGGACUUUUUUCGUGAGGAAUACAUUCUGAACAGUGCUAUAGGAGCAUACAGGAAACCAUAUAUUGCCCUUAUUGAUGGAAUAACAAUGGGAGGGGGUGUGGGUCUGUCAGUUCACGGACAGUUUCGGGUGGCCUCUGAGAAGACGUUGUUUGCCAUGCCAGAGACUGCCAUCGGGCUUUUCCCUGACGUGGGAGGUGGCUAUUUUCUGCCGAGGCUCCGGGGAAGGUUGGGUCUGUUUCUGGCUUUGACAGGCUUCCGUCUCAAGGGACGCGAUGUACAGAGAGCUGGAGUUGCCACGCACUUUGUAGAGUCUAAGAAGAUCCCAGACCUGGAGAAGGAGCUGGUGAACUUGAAGUCUCCCUCUGCUGAAGACAUCACCAGAGUGUUGGACACCUACCAGAACCAGAGCAGCCUGGAUUCUGAGAAGCCUUUUGUUUUGGACAAGCACAUGUCUGAUAUUGACAGGCUGUUCAGCUCCAGCAGUGUGGAGGGAAUAAUGCAGAACCUGAAGGCAGAUGGCUCUGAGUUUGCUAAGAAACAGGCAGAGACGUUGUCUAAAAUGUCUCCCACAUCCCUGAAGAUCACCUAUAAGCAGCUGCAGGCGGGAGCCUCUCUCAGCCUGCAGGACGUGUUGGUGAUGGAGUAUCGACUGAGCCAGGCCUGCAUGAGGGGCUGUGAUUUCUAUGAGGGUGUGAGAGCCGUGCUGGUUGACAGGGACCAGAAUCCCAAGUGGAACCCGUCAACACUGGAGGAGGUGUCUGACCAGAGCGUGGACCAGUGCUUCUCCUCACUGGGAGAGAAGGAUCUGACUUUCUGAUGCCCCGUCAGCCAGCAGCUGUUUCUCGCCUUCAAACGCACACACACACACACACACACACACACACACACACACUACUAAGCCUACUGUAAGCGGCUGCUUCCUGUCUCCACAUCCCUCUGUGGUCAUUUGAGAGGACUGUGAAACUAAGGUAAACACUGUAGGCAUUUUCUCUGUUCUUCUGGUGACAGAUGAGGAAAAUUCAGACGUAUACAUACAAUAAGGUCUGAUUCAUGUUCACAGCCAGAAACAGAAAAUAGUAACAGAAGCUAACAGACGCCCUGUGUCACUAAACUUUCUCUGCAGUGGAAGUGGAGUCUCUUCUGUGUACACUGCAGAGCAGUAUCUGUGUUCUGCUGCAGAUUGGAGGAGCAGGACAGCAGCGUUGCAUUAACAUGAGGACAUGGGAAGGGAAAAUGAUCUCAGUACUGAGUGCUCUGUUACAUUUCCUGUGGGUGUUUGUUGAUGUGACACAGAUCAGUAUCGUCUGUUUCGCUGCAGAGUGGUCACUUGUUCUAAUACAGAUAACUUAUUGUCUCUGUUUCACUCGUUUUCCUCUUUUCCAGUAUUUUCUCUUUAGUGGUUUCUAUUUUUUAGAUGUGAUGUGAAUUUUUUUUAAAAAUCGGUUCUCUGACAUAAGUGAGAUAACACUCCCACGACACGUGAUAGAUUAUAUCAAUACUUCUUCUGAAUGUAUUUACAUGAUUGUUACACUGCAUUUUAAAGAACUCUGGUUUCAGCAGCCUGAAGUGUGUGAGACAUUGUGUGUGUUUAGUAACUUCUUCUGAUAGACGUGUUGUUGUUUUUUUGUAGCAGGAAUCAAAUCACCUCCUAAACAUUAGUUUUCAUUAGCUGCAUUAUUUAUGAGACAACCAGACCAGAGUCAGAUUAGACACUGGUACUGGAACAGAUGGCAAUAAACAGAGCUGGUAAUGUAACAGAGAAUGCUGUGGGUUAUUGGUGAGUGAAGACACUGCUUGUACCUCUUGUGUUUAAAAGAACUGCAGUAAUUGAGGGCAGUGUGUUUUCUGACCUCCUGUUGUACAACAGUGACCCGUGUUUGUGAAGUGCCUUAGUUAUCAGCAUGAAAGCACCAAGCUGCUGCUCAGUCAUGAAAGUCCAGAAAGUAAACACAUUGAUUUUAAUUGCAUGUUGGGCUGCAAACCGGUCCUUGGUCUUUAAAGGUCUGGUGUGAGAUUUGACAGGAAGCCUUGCAUAUUUUAUUUGAGCGGUAAAAUAGUCAAAGGAGAACCACUGAGUCCUGCCAACGAAUGAUGAAGCUCUCAGUCUGAGUCGGAGGAAUUCAAACUAAAGACUCCAACACUGGACCCAGUCUGAAUCCUCUGUGAGUCACCUUCAUCUCAGGUCUGUUUUCAUCUUCCCUGCCUUUGUCAUAUUCACACAGUCAGUCUCAUUUCAGUAAGAGCCUCUAACAGUCUGUGUGUCAUAUUCAUUAAGCAGCAGCAGUGCAGCUACAGACAGUCUGUCAGUCUUCCACAGCUCUGCCUUCAGAGCAGACAGGACGACCAAGAGACAAUAAACCGCCAAACACACUGAGAACAGUCUAUUUCUUUGGGCGUCUCACAUAAACCUUAAUGCUUUAUAGCCACCACUAGUUCAAACAAGUGCUGGCGAACAGUCGUGUCCUUCACUCUGCUGAACUUUUAACCUGUCGUGUUCCCUCUUUUACAGGAUGCUGUGCAUCCGCGUCUCGCUCCGCAGACAUUUUAAACAAACACUGUUGAGACAGUGUGUGCCACUAAGAUGUUACACCAGUGUGUACUUCGGCCUCACAGCUUCAAUACCCAAGAAGCAGAGGAACAGUAACAGUAGAAGGCAUAAAUCUGAUUUAUUGGCAUCAUCAGUUUUUACACUUCGGUAUGGUUUGCAAGUUAAAUGAAUAUUGUCCUUUAGGAAUAUGCACAAAGUCACUCAUUUUAAGUUAUUUUAUGAUGAAUGAUCCGCAGGCAGACGUGUAUCGUGUAACAGAGCUGAUCCGUGGAGGUUAUUUUAAACUUAUUUGGCAGCAGACACAUUGUGGAGACAGUGCAUGUGGUUCUGUCACCAUUCAUCAGGCUUCUUAUAGACUGCUCAUAGUAUUUAUAGUCAAAUCAGCUCAUCUCUUCUAUGCUUAACUUCUGUCACUCACUCACUGACAGCUGCUUCGACCGUUGUAAAACAGAUACAGCAGAGGCAUCGUGGGUACAGGAGUCAGACCCUUAUCACCACCUGUACCACAGGCAAUGGCAGAAUGAGUAGUGCAGGGAAUUAAACAAACGGGUUCAACUAUCAAGAACUUAAGUAACGUGUUUAAAGCUGCAGACCAGAAAAUUCACUGGCAGCUAUUUUGAUGAAUAAUUGUUUUAACAUUUGCUGGAUUCCAGCUUGGUCAGGAUCUGAGGGUCUGCUUUUUUCCCCCACCAAUUUCUAAUAUUUGACAGUCAAAACGAUGAA